AUGAUGAGUCACAAAAUUAAUGCGAUGAGCAGUGAAGAAGUUCAACAUCAACAACAAGUAUCACCAUCACCUAAUGUACAAAAGAAUCACAGUUAUCAUUCAAUUAAUGAUAAUAGUGAUAACUUGAUGGAUAUUCAUUCACAUGACUUUGCUCGACAUGGAUGGCACAAAGUGAUUGCUGCCAUCGAUGAAAUGAGACGACUAACAGAAUGUACGAAAAAUCAACAACGUCGUCAUUAUGCGCUCGAUACACGAACAACGCCCUCAUCGGACAUGUCAACUACAUUAUUAUCCAGUCAACAACGCUCAGCAAAAAAAGUUGAAUCAGUUCAUGACGAACUACUAUUCGCUAAAACAGGCAAUUUUAAUUUAGAUCAACUAAGUGAUGAUUUCUCGGAAAUGAAAAAAACAUUUCAAGAUAUAUCAAACAUAAAACAAGAAAAUAUUCAGUCUGUCAUUUUAGCGACAAAUCUUACAAAAACAGCACUGUUGAUUGUAUUUCGUUCAAUUGAAUCUAUAGCACAAGUCGUUACAAGAGGUAAUACAAGAAUGGCAAGUUUUCAAACAGCAAUUGCCAUAUUACGAGCAAAACGAGAGAUAUCGUUACCGGGUAAAUUAUUAUGCGAGUGGUAUCGCGCAGCACAAACACUUGACUUGUUAUUAAAUGAUCCUGAUUGGUUAUGUAAACGAAAAAAAGCAAAAUGGGCCAUUGAAGUGUGUACAGAAACGUUGAUUUGGAGUAAAGGUGUAUUUAAUGAAAAUUUUAAAAUGGCUCAUCCACGACCCAUAUUUGAUCGAAACGAAAGUACUGAUAUGGCUACGACAAAAGAAUGA